AAAAAAAAUAAUAUUAGUUUUUAAAAUAGUUUUUGAAUGUAUAGCUCAUUGUUUAGUAGAUUACAGUUGAAUUAAAAUAAUAAUAAUAAUAAUAAUUAAUAAUAAAGUCUACUUAAUAUUAUACUGUCGGUAUAGUAUUGACAAAAAAAAAUUAUUGAUAUAUAAUCUACUAUUUAAACAAAAAAAAUUGAUUAAUAUCAAAAUGUUAUCUGGUGCAAGUUUAUUAUUUGUUUUACUAUUGGCCAGUAGUACUAAUGUUGUUGUUGUCUAUGGACUACCCCAACAACAACCUCAACCCCAACUACCCCAACAACAACCUCAACCCCAACUACCCCAACAACAACCUCAACCACAACUACCCCAACAACAACCUCAACCACAACUACCCCAACAACAACCUCAACCCCAACUACCCCAACAACAACCUCAACCCCAACUACCCCAACAACAACCUCAACCCCAACUACCCCAACAACAACCUCAACCCCAACUACCCCAACAACAACCUCAACCCCAACUACCCCAACAACAACCUCAACUACAACUACCCCAACAACAACCUCAACCCCAACUACCCCAACAACAACCUCAACCCCAACAAUCCCAACCUCAACCACAGUCCCAACUACCCCAACCCCAACUUCAACAACAACAACAACAACAACAAACUGAUCGCUGGUUUGAUGAAUACAAGACAAAAAUCAGACAAAUAUUGUGUACACCGGAAAUAAUUUAUACGGAAUUAGUGAAAAAUUUUAGUCAAUGUAAUCCAGAGUCGACUAUCAAACAGAAAUCAGCGAAUCUGAAACUGUAUUACGAAAAAUUGGCUAAAAUUGAUACGGAAUGUAUGGUUGGAUUUGAAAAAGAUUUAUCUCAAGUUAGCAAUAGGGUAGACCUGGGGGACAGGGAUGUCAAAUGGACACUACUGUACAUAUGUUUUCCAGAUUAUAAAGAUUGUAGCGAUAAUAGAGAGGAAUUGUUUUUGAAUGAAAAUCCGGAAUUGAAAUUAGAAAUCGAUACAGAAUUGAAUGCAUUGAAUGUUAGCAAACCAUUGACGGCUAGACAUGUUUGCGAAAGCAAAGUUCUGGGCAUAGAAUUACCUAAAUUGGCUUAAAAAAUGAUUUUUUAAAAACUUUUAUUUUAAGUUUUACUACUUUUAGUAAUUUACUGAUUGGAGUAAAUUAUCAAAAAAUGUUAAAUUAUUAAAUUAAAAUUUAUUAUUAUAAAAUUUAUUAU